AUGCCGGCCAACUCCUCGGCCAACGACUCUGAUCUCAGGUGCCCGGACCACCAGCCCAUCCACCACCUGCACUUGGUGGUCUACAGCCUGGUGCUGGCUGCAGGGCUCCCCCUCAACGCGCUGGCCCUCUGGGUCUUCCUGCGCGCGCUGCGCGUGCACUCGGUGGUGAGCGUGUACAUGUGCAACCUGGCGGCCAGCGACCUCCUCUUCAGCCUCUCGCUGCCCUUGCGCCUCUCCUACUAUGCGCAGCACUACUGGCCCUUCUCGGACCUCCUGUGCCAGCUGGCGGGCGCCGUCUUCCAGAUGAACAUGUACGGCAGCUGCAUCUUCCUGACCCUCAUCAACAUGGACCGCUACGCCGCUAUCGUGCACCCGCUGCGGCUGCGCCACCUGCGGCGGCCCCGCGUGGCGCGGCUGCUCUGCCUGGGCGUGUGGGCGCUCAUCCUGCUGUUCGCCGUGCCCACCGUCCUGGUGCACCGGCCCUCGACCUGCACGCGCGACGGCCGCCGGGUGCACCUGUGCUUCGAGAACUUCAGCGACGAGCUGUGGAAGGGAAGGCUGCUGCCGCUCCUGCUGCUGGCCGAGGCGCUCGGAUUCCUGCUGCCCCUGGCAGCCGUGGUCUACUCUUCGGUCCGCGUCUUCUGCACCCUGGCGCGGCCCUACGCCACGCGGAGCCAGCAGCGGCGGAAGACGGUGCGCCUCCUGCUGGCCAGCCUGAUCAUCUUCCUGCUGUGCUUCGUGCCCUACAACGCCACGCUGGCCGUGUACGGGCUGCUGCGCGGCCACGUGGUGCUGGCCAGCCCGGCGGCGCGCAACCAGGUGCGCGGGGUGCUGAUGGUCAUGGUGCUGCUGGCCGGCGCCAACUGCGUGCUCGACCCGCUGGUGUACUACUACAGCGCCGAGGGUUUCCGCAACACCCUGCGCGGCCUGAGCUCUCCGCUCCGGGCCAGGACCUCGGCCACCGAAGGGUCUCGGGGGGCACCCGCCGAGCCGCCCGCUGAGACCUCCCACGCCACCGUGCCGGCCGCCGCCAGCCAGGGGCUGCUCCGGCCCUCCGACGCCCGGGGCUCCUUCACCCGGUGCCCCGAGGACUCGUCCCUCUGAACGCACGUCGUGCCAGAGCGCGGUCCCUUCACCCCACCCCCGCGC